UUGAUGCAUAAAUGAUGAUACCCUUUUGGUUUAAAGACCUAAUUUUUAAGUGAAUUUCACAGCUGAAUAGUUUUAGAAAGUAUAUAUGAAAAUUGGUCAAGAAAGCUGGUAGGACACCACUGUUACGAAAACCAAAUAUAUUUGUGAAAAUUUGUAAAUGAAUAAAGAACGAGCUGAAAUUUUCUUUGUAAUGUGAAUUAAACAGUUGAAGCCAUAGUUUGUAUUGUUUUUGGUUUGGUCGGGUUUACCCACCCGGUGUCCGAUACCCUCAUUGGAGCCCAACUAUAUCCGGAUAAGGCCCACUCAAGGGGGAAAUGCUCCCUAACAGGAUUUUUUUUCAUAUCCAGAGCUCGAACCCGAGACCUCUGGUAUCUAUCCCACCGCACACCAUUUCGGUAGUUGAAACCAUAGUUGAAUGAGUAGAAAAGUGGAAUAAUUAUUUUUUUAGCUAAAAGAAGUAAACGUACUAGUACUAUUCUUGUAUUUUCUUAUUCUUGGUUCUUUAUUAUUACAUGUUGUAUCAUUCGCUUCCGUUACCCUAUUACAUUAUUGUUACUAUUGUUUGUUGCUUUAUUUUUUAUUGUUUCUUGAGCCGAGGGUCGAUCAAAAACAGUCUCUCUACCUUUAUAAGGUAGGAGUAAGGCAUGCGUACACACUACCCUCCCCAAACCCCACUUAUGAGAUUACACUGGGUUCUUUGUUGUUGUUGUAAAAGAAGUAAACGAGAUAAUAACUUGUCAAUCUUUUAUUUGGUUGAGGAAGUUUAAUGUACUAGUGCAAAAUAAAUUGAAGGUAUAUUCUGAGCUUAUUCAGGAAGAAAUUUAUCUCCCUUUGUAAAAAUAUAUGGUCAUAGCAAGUAGGGAACUUUUGAAACCUGUGGAAUCUCUCUAUUUAGAAUUAUUCAACCUAAGUAUUUUUCUUCUCAAAUUUGACAUGUCCGUUUUUAGUUUCCAUUCACUUUAAGCUUACGUGCUGAGGAUAUAGAGGAUUCAUAUGACCCAACUAAUUUAGAAUUGACACAGUUGAUAGAGUGAUUAAGAUUAUCUAGCACUAAUGAGAAGUGUUUUCUGUCUGCUUUCUAUAUUUACUUUUUAUUUCAGCGAGGAAAACGUCUACCUGCUAUGCAAAAAGCUAUGUGAUGAUGGGCUGGCAAAUACCGAUGGUUCUGAUCUGUUUAUUAUUUUCAUUUCCAAUGAGAAGAAGCAGAUUCCUUUGUGGCAUCAGAAGGCUAGCCAGCGAGCAGAGGGAGUUAUUCUGUGGGACUAUCACGUCAUUUGUGUACAGAAAAAGGGAAAUGAGAACUCUUCAUCGCUAGUGUGGGAUUUAGAUUCAAGCCUUCCGAUUCCAUCUCCUCUUGGCUCCUAUGUUGCUGAGAGCAUUCGUCCAUCAAUUCAAAUAUUUUCAGAAUUCAAAAGGUUCUUUCGAGUUGUGCAUGCCCCUAUAUUUCUCCGACACUUUGCAUCUGAUAGAAGACACAUGAAGGAUUCUGCUGGAAAUUGGAUUGCUGAACCGCCAUUGCACGAAGCUAUUGUUGCUGAAGAUGGAACCAUACACAACCUGAACGAGUAUAUUACAGUCUCUCCAGACGAUGUUGUGAAAAAUGUCGGAGCUGAUAAUGUCAAUGUCGUUUUCGCCGAGAAACUUGGCAUUGUAGUUGGUGAAAAUGAUUUAAUGGAAUUUUUCUCUUUGAUUCCCGAUGAGAGUUGAAUAAUGUACUAGCUGAAAGUUGAAUUCAUGCUCUAGGAUGUUUACAUUUGUAAAGAAACCGAAAAAGAAGUGCCUUGUGGUAAUUUUGCAAAUAGAGGUUGCUGUGGAUUCCUCUCGAGCCGAGGGUCUUUCGGAAGGUCUGCGUACACUUUACUUCCUGUGGGAUUCCACUGGAUUGUUGUUGUUGUUGUUGUUGUUGUUGUUGUUGAGCUGGUGUGGAUGAAUUGUUGUUUUACCAUGUUUGACCAAGUCUUUUUGGGGGGUGAUAUUUUAUUUUGUAGAACUUCUGUUGACAUUUUCUGGUGUUAGUAAACAUGGUUGAAGGGGAGGGCAUACCAUAUUGUGUAGUGAUUUCUUCAAAAUACUACAUUCUCAUGACUUAUUAGAAAUUUCUCAACUA